AUGGACGACUUUCACAAUAGCUUGAUCCCCAGGUCUGAAGGGGAUGGCGCCGGCCGAGGGCAACGAGCUCUGGUGGUCACAGGCAUCUUGACAGGAAUCGCUGCCGUCACCGUCGCAAUGCGAUUUUUGGCUCGGGUUGGACUGAUGAAGACCACGGGUCGUGAGGACUGGACUAUUCUACUCUCUCUGGCAUUUUCAAUCGUAUAUCUCGGUCUAGUUGCAUCCGGCAACAUAGAAACACACUACGGCCUCGGAAGACACUCAAACGAGCUCUCUCCCCAUGACUUCCAGCAACAACUAAAACGCCUCUGGGCCGCCAUCCCCAUGUACAACGCCAGUCUCGCCUGCACCAAAUACUCCAUUCUCUUCCAAUACCUGCGCAUCUUCCCGGACCGCGGCUUCCGCAUCACCUGCUACAUCGUGAUGGCCAUCGUGGCAAUCUACUCCUCGUGGGCCAUCGUCAGCGGCUACGUCAACUGCGUGCCCGUGGCACGGUUCUGGAACCGCGAAAUCCCCGGCUCCUGCCUCAGCUUCGAGGCGUUAUGGUUCUUCAACGCCUCCAUGAACAUCGCUACCGAUCUGGCCCUGCUCAUCAUGCCGAUGCCUCUCCUCUCUCAUCUGCAGCUCCCGCGCAUGCAGAAACUCGCGCUCAUGGCUGUCUUCGCUAUCGGUGGACUCGUCGCCAUAACCAGCAUCCUCCGGCUCUCCAGCCUCCGCACCGUAUCCAAAAGCCCCGACACCUCAUACAGCAACGUCGCCGCGGCCUACUGGACCGCCGCGGAAUGCAACGUCGCGAUCAUCUGCGCCUGUCUGCCCUUCUUGCGUCCUCUGGUCAGCCGCCUCUUCCCGAAGCUGCUCUCGACAAAUAGCUAUAAUCGGUACUCGCACUCGCGCGGACUCACCCUCGCCACGAAUACGAACGCGAAGUCGAAAGCGAGGAGGUCGCAGGUGCCUAAGGUGCCGCUUUAUUCGCAGGAUCGCGAGUUUGGGCUGUGUACGGUUGAUGUGGAGGUGCAGGCUGGGUUAGGUGGUGAGGGUGGUGGGAUUGAGGUGAGGACUGAGAUGACGCAGCAGAGUUCGGUUCAGGGGGAGGAGUCGACGAGUCAGAGGAGGUUGGUUAUGGAUGUAUGA